AUGACAGUUUUAGCCUUAAAAUGCGCUGUUUUUGUUGCCCUUGCCUUCUUACCGAUAGAUGAUGUUGUCGAUGGCCACGAGGAACUUGUAGAUGAUGAUGAUAUGCCACAGUCGAUCGAUAAUUUCAAUGUCCCACGAUUGUUUGCAUUGCAACCAAACAAAAGCCAUAACACAUAUGAUAGACUUUUUGCCAAAAUAAGUGAAUUGCUGCAGGACGAAGGCCCAGAUUGCAUAUUUAUGGAUUUUGAAAAAGCAGCGCAUAAUGGAUUUCUUGAAUCGUUUCCUGCCUCAAAUUUAGCGUGCUGCUUGUUUCAUUUAGGGCAAAAUGUGUACAAGCAUAUAGUUCAAGAAGGAAUGAAAAGCAGAUAUCACCAAGAUGACAGUUUUAGCCUUAAAAUGCGCUGUUUUGUUGCCCUUGCCUUCUUACCGGUAGAUGAUGUUGUCGAUGGCUACGAAGAACUUGUAGAUGAUGAUGAUAUGCCACAGUCGGUAGUUUCCUAUUUUGAGAAUAAUUACAUAGGACCCCUUAGAGGAAGAGGAGAAAGGAGGCGACGUCUUGAACCACCAUAUCCAUUAACUAUUUGGAAUGUUUGGGAUAGAUGCAUGUCUGGGAUUGCUAGAACUACAAAUAAUUUAGAAGCCUACCACAGCGCACUAAAAGACACAGUGAAUAUGAGUCAUCCAAAUAUUUGGAAGCUCAUAGAUGUUUUUGAAAUGUGA